GACGUAAUCACCCCAUUGCCAUUCGCCAUCCAGCAACAGCGUGGCGACACGCCGACAAAACAUCAAUCAUUGUGCUCCAUUGAAGCUAUCCCAACGCUCCAAAGCCUGCCUGCAUAGAUGACUGGCGCCGCCUAAACAACCGCCCACCAUGCCUGCGUACGUUCCCGAACGCGUCUCCCGCUCACGCACCCCCCCUCUCUCUCGUCCCCUUCCUGCCCGCUGACAAUGGCGCUCUCCUCCUCUGGACCGUGCGACCGUGAACAGGCCAGGCGACCAGCACACGUCAUGGGCGAACCCGUUUGAGGAGGCCAAGCCGUGCAUCUCGGAAUGGACGGCCAAGCAGAUCGCCACCAUCUCGUCCAAGCUGGACAAGCAGCUGGGGCCCGAGUACAUCUCGUCGCGGGCGGGGCCGGGCGGCUCGCGCGUGCACUACCUGACGGCAGAGAAGUGCAUCGGGCUCGCCAACGAGGUGUUUGGCUUCAACGGGUGGUCGUCGUCGAUCCAGAACAUCCAGGUGGACUUUGCCGACGAGAACCCGCAGACGCAGCGCGUCAGCAUCGGGCUCAGCGUCAUCGUCCGCGUCACGCUCCGCGACGGCACCUACCACGAGGACAUUGGCUACGGCUCCAUCGAGAACGCAAAGGGCAAGGCCAUGGCCUUUGAAAAGGCCAAGAAGGAGGGCACCACCGACGGCCUCAAGCGCGCGCUGCGCAGCUUCGGCAACGUCCUCGGCAACUGCAUCUACGACCAGGACUACGUCAAGCAGGUCACAAAGGUCAAGGCACACCCCGUCAAGAAGUUUGACCAGGACAACCUCCACCGCCAUGCCGACUUUGUGAGGAGGGAGUCUGUCAAGGCCGAAUUCGCAUCUACUACGUCCGCCGCGCCGACAGCUGCUGCCCCCGCUACCACCGCCACCACCGCCACCACCGCCUUACCCCUCCCCUUGCCCAAGAUGGAACCCAGCGAGUCGUUUGAGGAGGACUUCCUCGGAGAGCUUGAUGAGGCCGACUUUUGCGUGCCCGGUGAUGGCCACCCCGACGAAGUCAUGGUCCCGCAUCCUACCGUGGUGCCCCCCGCCGACAGGCCACCGCAAAUGCAGCCUCCCACGAGGCAGUUCAACCGAGCUGCUUCUGCCGGAACUGGCACCACACGACCGCUCCCUCCACAUACGCCAAACCCUGCUAACUCGCGCCCGGCUCACCACCAAGACAACCAUCAAGGUCGCCCCGUGGCCGGCAACGGAAGGGGUUCGCCCAACCCCUCGGCGCAGCAGCCCUCGAUUCCCAAUCCCGCGGAGCCCGUAGCCUUCUUCUCCGCGCGCUCCGUCUCGACCACAAACGCUGCCGAGCCCAACGCCCAUAUCCAGAACAAGCAACUCUUCAACCCAAAGGCCGAAAGCCCCUCGAUACGAAAGACCCCCGGCAUCGACCACAACUCGUCACGACCCUUGGCGAGGAACGGCCAGCACAUCGCUCCCGCCAGCAGCCAGUCGUCAGCGCCAUCAGCCCCCGGUGCCACUGCCGGCAACACGUCCAGCUUCACGCCGGUGAGGCAGUCGGCGGCGGCGGCGACGGCAGCUGCAGGAGGCGGCCCAGUCACGCGAAGCAACGUCGUGAACCCGUCCCUCGACUACACCCGCCGCAUCGGCGCGCCAGGCGGGCCCGGCAGCCCGCUGGCCAACAGAAACUCCUACAAGCCGCCGUCCAUGAAGCGCCCACUUCCUGCAGGAGAUGGGAACGGGGCCGUCGGCGUCCCGCGCUCGCCCCUCGUUGACGUGCCGCCAAACACGUCGGGCCAGGCCAACGCGCCCGCAGCCGACGGCGCGGAUGCGAAGCGGCCAAGGAUGACAUGAGUCUGAAGACCGGAGCUUGGGCCUUGUUGUUUUUUCGCUCUCAUGCUGGGUGUACGGCGUCAAUCUUGGGAAGGCGGCGUUUUUAGGUCAAAGGGGAUAGGUUCGUUCCUACCAUCAUUAUCAUGGUAUCAAGACAGCGAAGUUGGCACACGAGACUAGAGAUAUACGGGAGCGUAACGACACAUUUUCAAUGUACUAGUACUAUUUAGUUACUGUCAAGGUAGCAAUACGCGUCUCGUAUCUUGCCC